CUUUUCCUGGGAGGAUGCGAGCGUUUCCGGCCGCGGCGGCGUCAGACUGCUGGCUGUUGGAUCUCAGAGGGACCUGAAGCUGCUGGAGGUGGACGCCGAGCGGUCAGCCUCCGUGUCUCUGCUCCGUGUCUCUGAAUGUCCCGCAGCUCGCCUGCUGCAGACGCUCAGAGAGCAGGACGAUGGUGUGUGCGAGCUGCAGUCGGUGCGUUUGUUGUCGUUUGCUGCCGGUCGCUGCUACGUGCUGCUGAACUGUGAUUGGCUGCUGCAGCUGCGAUGGCAGCCGGCGGAGGACGAGCCGCAGACAGUUUCCUGCUGCAACAUCCAGCUCACCGACAGCGACAGACACGCUGCUGUCCACCACUGCGUCUGCAGAGACACCCUGUUUGUCCUCAGCUCCACUGGACUCAUAUCUGUGCGUGACGUCACUGACGGCAGUCCGCUGGCCACCGUUGACCUCUCCGUGUACCUGACGUCUGUCCCUGCAGAGGACGACCUCCUCCCCUCCUCCUCUUCCUCCUCCUUCUCCUCCUCUUCCUCCUUCUGCCUCCUGCAGGUGUCAGCUGAUCUCAGUACAGCCGUCGCCGUCACUGAGUCUCACACCGCCGCCGCCGUCGACCUCGACCACUACUUCAGUUUGUAUCCAGACCACCUGCUGUGUGCUGAGCCCCCCUCCCGGCCCCCCAUCCGGCCCCAGAACCCGGGAGACCAGGACAGCCUGUCCAGCUCCAGCUGCAGCCUCGCGGCCCUCGGAUCCACUUUCAGCACCGACCGCUCCUGGGAAGCUCGUCUGGCUUCCAUGUACAGCAGAGCCCAGCAGCCUGCAGCUCCCUCCUCCUCCUCCUCCUCCAGGCCUUUCCAGACCUCCUGGUCCUCCUUCCUCCACCACCUGGAGUCCCACCAGGCCCCGCCCUGGGUCCACAGCAGAGUGCCUUGCGGUGGAGCAACCGUUGAUUUCGCUGUCCCCGAGACGUCGGCUCCAUCUCGGCUCACUGUGUCAGAUUUCUCCGCCCAGCUGACCUUCGUCUCCCCCGGCAACAGACAGACCACAGUGGCCUUAUGGGAUUUAGAGUCUGGGAGGGUGAGCUACCAUCGGGCGGAGGGCGAGGCGACGCCGGUCCAGCUCUGUGGAGAGAGACAGCACACGCUGCUGCUGAAGAGUAAGUCCAGCAAGUUUUUAUUGAG